AUGAAUAAAUGGAUGAUGGUGAAAUCGAUGAGCACAAGGAGGAAGCAUCUCGGAACUGCGGUACAAGAUGGAUGUCUAUACGCGGUGGGUGGCCGAGACAACUCCUGCGAAUUGUCUUCUGCCGAGAAGUAUAAUCCGGGCACGAAUGAUUGGACCAGUGUGGUCGCUAUGAAUAGUCGAAGAUCCGGGGUUGGUCUUGCGGUGGUGAACGAUCAGCUAUAUGCUGUGGGAGGUUUUGAUGGUACCACUUAUCUGAAAACCGUAGAGGUGUUCGACAGGGAAGCAAACCAGUGGCGUCAAUCUGGAUGCAUGAAUUAUCGACGACUUGGUGGUGGCGUUGGUGUGGUUCGUCUUGCUCAUGACCAAUAUGCGCCACAUGGCGCAGAUCUGAUUUUAACUCCUUUCGGCGAUCCCCCUUUGUAG